UUGUGAAACAUAUCAAUUUGAUAGGUAUGAAGAUCGUGUACUUUGUGAGUUUUUGCAUUUUGAGUGAAAUCUGUUUGGCGGAAAGUCCGUCCAAGUCGCACACGACGAUUGAGACCCAAAAUGUGACCACAUCAAUUGACUAUCACAUUUUGCAUAAACCGCACCACUUGUUUGUUGGAAGGUGUAAACCUGAGCAUCAGGUGCUCCAUCAGGAGAAUAUAAUACUUUUGAACGAUGGCAAGAGCCACAUUUUGGCAGGAAUCCGGACAAACGUGGAAGGACCAGUGAAUAUAACCUGCGUUAAGAUUUACGACGAAAUACCAAAUGGCGAGGGAGGUUAUCCAAGUUUUCAAGGUGGAGGUGUCGGAUAUAACUACAUUGAAUUCAACGUAAUGACCGAAUAUGGAAAAGGGUUCCAUUUCUUUGUGCAAAUCUAUGGGGUGGACCUCGAUCCAGAUACUACAAAUGGGACACUUCCUUUAAAUAGGCCUGCGAAAAAUGCCACGGAAAUCACCCAAUUUGACCUGCCGAUUGAUACUAUAAAAAGCGGGAGAAAACCUUAAUUUACUCUAAAAGUGUUAUUGUAUUGUAUUUGGUAUUUAUUGUAACAAAUUGUUUGUAACGUUACGUAACGUUUAAUAUCUAUUUAUUCUCAGUAAAUGUAAGGUUUAUUAAAUAUUUUAUUUCAUUAAAAAGCAUUUAUUACAAACUUAAAAAUUCAAUAAUAUAAUAUGUAUUAAGUUUUCUUUAAAAUCAUUUAUAUUUGUGACUGGUUUUGGUAAUUAUAACAUAGACAAUCAUCAAGCAUCGUCAAAUCAAAUGUCAAAACAGGUCAGUUCUUUUGCGCAGAAAACAAAGAAUAUUAUCAGGAUAUCAAGAAAGAUCUACAGCACAGAUCUGAGUACUUGAUGAUGAUCUAUAAAGACCAAAGCUGGUUACAAAUAAAAAUAUUUUAAAGCAAUUUAGUUUUUCUUGAUGGGUAUUGCUGUCUUGGACUUGGCUAGUGACAGU